UCUUCUUUUAUGUCCCUGUGAGUGCUCCAUGGGGGUGACUAUAGGGUAGUACCCAACGUUGGACUGAAGGGGCUUUCAGAGUUGUAUGGGUGAGUGAAGACAGCACUGUUAGCCCUAGCAGUGCAUCUGAUCUUGAGCUUUGGGUGAUCAGAUCGCAUAGUGUUUUGUGAACAUAUGUCCAGUGGCUCAGGUGGCAGCUCUACAUAUGUCUAUGAAUGGUAUGUUGUUUAGAAAGGCUACUGAGGUAGCAAUGGAUCUAGUAGAGUGAAUUCUGAUCCCAGAUGGGGAUUGUUAGUUCUUUCGUUGGUAACAGAGGUGAAUGCACCCUGAGAUCCAUUUUUAGAGUGUGUGUGUGGAGAUUGUGGCUCCUUUAGAAUGUUUGGUAGUGGAGACGAAGAGUCUUGGGGAUUUUCUGAAAGGUUUAGUUCUUUCAAAAGCUAGUGCAUGUCUGAUGUUCAGGGUAUGUAGUACUGAGUCCUGUUUGCUCUCGUGAGGUUUGUGAAAAAAUACAGGAAGAUGGAUGGAUUGAUUGAUGUGAAAGGAUGAAGAUAUUUUAGGUAUGACCACACGGUGGGCUGAUGUAAUAGUGACUAAAAAUGCUUCCUUCGUUGAUAGAUGUAUCAGACAGCAUGUCACUAAGAGUUCGAAUGGGGCCCACUGAGGCAGUAUAGUACCAUAUUCAAGUCCCACGUCGGCGUGGGAGCAUAUAAUUCAGGAUAAGCGCUCUGAAUGUCUGUAAGGAAACAUUUGGUAAUCAGGUGUGCAAACAGUGACAUCCCAUCAAUCUUGUGAUGGAACGCAUUAGUAGCCAUCAGAUGUACCUUGAUCAAACUAGUGGAUAGUCCUAAGUUUUUUAGCUCCAAGAUGUAGCUCCAAAAUCAAUGGUAGAGGUGAGGAAACCAAAGUGUCUUGCUUUGCUUGGCACUAUAUGGUGAACCUUUUCCAUUUUUGAAGGUAAGUCUUGUGCAUGGUUGACCUCCUACUGUUUAGUAAUACGUGUUUAACCUGUUCCGAACAGGCUAGUUCCUCAUGAUCGAACCAUGCAGGAGCCAUGCCCACAGGUGAAGUCUCUCCAGGUGUGCAUGGUAGACCUGUCUGUCAUCUUGUGAUAGAAGGUCCGGAUAGAGUGGGAGAGUGCAUGGAAUACAUAGCAACAUCUUUAUCAGAAAUCCCUCAGUGCCCACGCUGGCAUCGGAUGGCUCUAUGGCUUGGAUGGGCCGGGAACAUCAUCCUAGCGGCAGCUGUGAUUGCGCUUGGUGUUUGGGGUCAGACUGGAAGCCCAAGAACAACAAAUGGAACUGAAUGUAAUUCCUGCCUGAAGGAUUGCCAGUCUUGUUCGAAUCAAAAUUUGUAUCCAAAGCCAGACAACAACUCAACAGAGGGCUGUGGGUGCAAACUGUGCCCAGCUGACUGGCUGCUGCACAAGAACAAGUGCUAUUGGGUCUCUAAAGAAAGUAAAACGUGGAGUGAGAGUCAUGAGGACUGCUCAGCAAAGAGUUCUCAGAUGCUGGUGAUCCAAGACAAGGAGGAGAUGGCGUAUGUACUGAGUAUUCCACAACUGAACCUGGUCUGGCUUGGACUCAGUGUUACAUCCCCAGAGAGGAAAUGGACCUGGGUGGACGGCUCCACGUUCAAUGAAACACUGUUCCAGCUAACAGGCGCUGCUGACGGGGAGAGCUGUGGGAUGAUCAAAGGGAACCGCACUAUUUCGGAAACCUGCAAGGCGGUAGCUAAAUGGAUUUGUGAGAAAGUUGCCCUGAAAUAAGCAGUCACACCAGUGAGCUGCACUUGCGUAACUGAAAUGGCAAGCACUCUUGUUUAUUUUCUAAAAGAAAAACACAUUUGCUAAUUAAAGAAUUCUAAAGCCUCCGA